CAGCCACAGACGCUCGACCUAGGCGGCCACAAAACAGGCCAUGGGAGAAGCCAGGAGCCAAUUGGGAAAUGAGCAGAAGGAAGCUGGAAGGGUGCCUUCGCCAGCCACCUCGACACCCACAAGGGCUGGGUGCCCGGCUGGAAGCCAGCAGAGGGCCCCGGGGCCGGAGCAGCGGCGCGCGUCCUCCGUGAGGGACGGGCCGCGGCUCCACAAGCUCCUAAUGCGAUCAACCGCUUCCGCCUUCCGGCUCCGCCCCCGGCCGCCUUCCCGCCGCUCUGGCUGCCUGGAGGCAGAAGCCGACAGCCGCCCCGCGUGUGACCAUCGACGCUUAACGGAAAGUCACCUCAGAAACGACCCUCCCAGUACCCGUCAAUCCCCAGGAGGCUGGUCCUGCUCUUCCAGAGGUUCCUGUGCGGGUCUGUAGCAUUUAGCGUGGUGUUUACUUCGUAUCUUUGUCUCCUUUGGGUGGACGAACUCACAAACCACUGCGGGGCACGAGCCUUCCGCACGAGUUCUCCGUUGUUAGCUGGACAAAUGUUGAAUUUGCGCGGCCUAGAACGCGGACAGGCGGGCUGUGGCCUAGCGGUUCCUCCCUCGGCUCUCAGCAGCUCUGGGACAAAGGCUUGCUGCUGCCCACACAGCACUAAGGGGAUGCACAGGACUCCGACCGCACUGGGACUUUCCCCAAAUCAGAGAAGAUGGCUGUUUUUAGUGAUUCAAAGAGAAGUCCGGAGAAAGGACAACUGCACUCUAACGUAAAUAUAUAAAUGUAUACCCACCA